CAUUGUGUAAUCCUCAUCCUCCGUCGAGAUCAAGGAAGAAAGAAAGAAAGAAAGCAACCAUGGCGGCAACCGCAAUGUGCCCCUCCCCCUCGGCCGCAAUAACUCGCCACAUCCAUGCUCGUCGCUCCUGUGCUGCUGCUUCCUUGUCCCUCCGCCGCUCGGGCUUCCUGGGGCGCGUCGUGCUGGCCGCGGUGCCGGUGGCCGUGGACGCCACCCGGCGCCGCCGCGUCUCCGUGUCGGUGCGGAUGGCCUGGGACGGUCCGCUCUCGUCGGUGCGCCUCAUCAUGCAGAGCAGGAACGCGAAGCUGAGCGAGAAGCUCAAGGAGCACAUCGAGGACAAGGUGGGUCGGGCGGUGUCCAAGCACUGCCACCUGGUCCGGGAGGUAGACGUGCGCCUCUCCGCGCGCGGCGGCGAGCUCGGCCGGGGCCCCAAGACGUCGCGCUGCGAGAUCACCCUCUUCACCAAGCGCCAUGGCGUCCUGCGCGCCGAGGAGGACGCCGAGUCCACCUACGCCAGCAUCGACCUCGCCGCCGCCAUCGUCAAGCGCAAGCUCCGCAAGAUCAAGGAGAAGGAGACGGAGGUGCGCCGCGGCGGAGACGCUGACGGCGUCUGGGACGAGAUCCCGCCGGCCGACCUGCUGCCCCCCGCCGAGGCCGACGACCUGGAGGCGGCCGUGGGCGCUGAGGACGAGCAGACGGUGCUCGCCAAGGUGGUGCGCACCAAGGUGUUCGAGAUGCCGCCGCUCACGGUGGAGGAGGCGCUGGAGCAGCUGGAGAACGUGGACCACGACUUCUACUGCUUCAGGGACGAGGCCACGGGGCAGGUGAACAUCCUCUACCGCAGGAAGGAAGGCGGAUACGGCCUCAUCAUCCCCAAGAACGACGGCAAAGUGGAUACCGUUGGCGUUGUGCCACCACCCGCCGUCGCUGCGGAGCCGGAGCCGUCCUACGCAGUGCACGCCGCUGACAACAACAACUCCUGAACUGAGCACUCGUCGACGUCUCAUCCAACCAAAACCAAAACGAGAGAGAAUGCUUGCUUGGUACUGUAAAAAUAAAACAAACGCACUCGUCGUCGACGUCUCAUCUGCAUCAGUUGCAUGCAUUGCUGUGAUGAAUGUGUCUGUGUUUGUGUCACCC